GGGUGAGGUGGUGGAGCGCGCGCGCGCGUGAUCCGCACGUGGGGAAGCACGCGCGAGGCGCGAGCUAGAGCUCUGCGAUCAAGGUGGGAUCACUCCCGAUUCCGGACAAAACCAUGGCGAACUGCGACAAACAGGGGGAGCCGCGCCUGGCCCCGCACCAGGCUCCUCUGCUGGAGCGGCUGACCUCGAUGGACGACGCCACCGUGGAGGACGAGCUGAACGAAGACCUUGGCUACCUCAGCCUCGGCCACCGCCGCCGCGACUGGUUGUACCGCGCCACGGACCGUGGAUCCUCCUGCCUGAGCUGGUUCCGCGCGAAGACGCGCGGCCGGUACGAGGACUGGCUGUUCCUCACGCUGCUGGGGAGUCUGAUGGGACUCUACUCCUUCGGCAUUGACGUCGCCGUGCAAGCCGCCAACCGAUACCGCCUGGACGCGUUUCUGGCGGCUGAAGACUCAGCGAGUCGCGUGGUGAUCUGGUUCUUGCUCACGGCGGUCUUCUCUGUGUCGGCGGCUCUCUUCCUGGCCUGGUUCAUCCCGACUGCCACAGGGUCGGGAUUUCCCGAGCUGAAGGCCUACCUGCAGGGCGUCAAGAUGGAGAACACAUUCUCACCGGUGACCUGCAUCGGCAAGCUGGUGUUCCUUCCCAUAAUGCUCUGCACGGCGCUGCCUCUGGGCAAGGAGGGUCCGGUGACCCACGUGGCCGCCAUCUUCGCCCUGUUCAUCACCAAGGUGUUCAAGGACAUCUCGUUGGAGGAGCUAGAGCGGCACACGGGCAACGAGCUGGUGGCGGCCGCCUGUACCAUGGGCGCCGCUGUCUGCUACGGCGCGCCGGUUGGAG